GGCUGCUUCGUUCUUCCAACAGAUUCUAAUCUUUGUGAUUUUUAGUUGUUCAGUUAAGUUAUUUUCCGAACCUAAGAAAAGCUUAUCCGCUGGCUAAACAUGGGUUGCACUGGUUGCGUUAAGUGUUUUCUCAUCACCCUCAAUACUUUGAACGCGCUUUCGGGUCUAUUGCUGAUAGCCAUUGCUACGUUUGCCCUCUCGAAAGCCCCUCUUGCUUACAUCGAAUUCCUAUAUGGACUGGGCGGCGUUAUCUUCGUCUCGGCAAUUCUGGGAUGCUGUGGAAUCUGCCGGGAAAACGUGUGCAUGACCGCAACGUACGGAUUCUUACUGUUGGGCCAGCUGAUAAUUAGCUUGCUGAGCAUUUUCUACAUAGAAUCUCUUUGGGAAUACAUUGAAGAGCUCACCAAAAAGGAUGUUCCGAAUAAAUGGAACGAGGAGAUGGUGGAACCUGGUGCAAUGGACACUUACCAGACAUUGUAUGAGUGUUGUGGACGUGAUAGCCCCGAUGACUAUGUCAUCGGCCGGAAAACCUUACCUUCAAGCUGUUAUCCCCAGGGGGAUACCCAGGGGAUCCCUUAUCAAGAUGGAUGCGCCCUGACGACCAGUAAGAUCUUUCUGAAUCAUCUCAGCACUGCAACGGGCAUUUACUUAUAUGAACUGGCUAUAAUUGUUCCCAUGGUGCUUGGUGCCAUUUAUUUGGUCAUACGAUUCCGCAAGCAGCGCACUCGCUACAGCUACUAAAGGCUGAUUUCGGAAUCAAAAAUUAAAUAUUUUUGGGCUUGUUCACUGCUUACUAUUUGGGCAAGGCUCGCAAGCCUGGCAAAACCAAGAUACAGGACGAGGAAACCCCCAUCAACGACGGAUGGCCGAGGACAUCCCAGCAAAUUUAUUGAUAAUCAAAUUUAACCAACUUAACCGUUUUGCCAUUUGGAAAUAAUGGAAAUAAUAAA